AUGAACCCUAGAUCAAAACCCGAUUCGGCGACGGUGUUGUCCUCCUAUCCAGAUUCUGGUGGCCUUGGGUGUGGCUAUGUGAUGAAUAGAUGGGGCUUCGCGGUGGGUUCAGUAUCAAUGGCGCUUGGAGAUGGUGUCGCAGAUGAGAGAUCGAGUCCCAGAGCCAAUACUCAGGUGCAUUUUGAAACAACAGGUCCAGAGAUAUGGGAGGAUACAAACGGACAAGUGGACAUUUUUGUUAUGGGAAUAGGUAGCGGUGGCACAGUUUCUGGGGUUGGAAAAUAUCUUAAAUCCCGAAACCCCAACGUUAAGAUAUACGGAGUAGAGCCAUCUGAAAGUAAUGUUCUCAAUGGUGGUAAACCAGGUCCUCAUCAUAUAACUGGAAAUGGUGUUGGAUUCAAACCAGACAUAUUGGACAUGGAUGUAAUGGACAAAGUUCUUGAAGUUAGCAGUGAAGAUGCAGUUAACAUGGCUAGGACAUUAGCCUUGAAAGAAGGUGUUGUACCCCAAAAUUUGCCCUCGUAUUUUUCCACAAGAAAUCAUAGCCUCGGGCUUUUCCUGAUUUUUCAGAUUGGCAUGAGAAUCAGUCAAACAAACUUUUUCUUAUCAGUCUAUCCAAAUUAG